CCACUGACGAUAUACACUCUGCCCUCCUCCUCCACUCUGGGCUCUGCAGCACUGCUGAAAUGCCGGUUCAAUAUUGGGGGGCCAAUCAAUCUAACCGCCCUGCAGGUUCACUGGUAUUUCUCAGAUCAGAGCAUGGCGCAGUACGACCGAGGAAAGGAAACAUUCGCACCAGGGGUGAGCAUCUCCAAGCAGGAGUUACUGAUGGGGAAUGCCUCCCUGGGGAUGGAGAACGUACAAAUAUCGGACAAGGGGCAGUAUAAAUGUGUGGUCGGCUAUGGUGCGGAGCAGCAGCAGAGCGAGACGACCCUCCGUGUGUUGGCUGCUCCAAGACUCUUCAUCCCCCGGCGAGAGGCCAGGACAGACACAGCGACCUCCUUCCCGUGCCACGUGUGGGGAUUCUACCCCCAGGACGUCACCGUCACGUGGCUGAGAGACAGGCGGGUUCUGACCAACGCCACCCACUCUGCCCCACAGAGGAACCCGGACGGGACCUUUAACCUCACCCUGACCUACACCUUUACCCCCACUGCGAGCGAUUCCGGCAGCAUCUUCUCUUGCCACGUCAGCCAUGUGGCUCUGGUCCAGCCCCUGCGGGAGGAGUUCGUCCUGGCUGUCACAGUUCAUGCUGCCUCUGCCUCUAGGUGA